UCCCCGCAGCCUCAGACUUUCUUCCCAGGGAGGCCCCCGAACCCAGGCCGACGCCGCCACCCGUCCUUAGGCGGGGACGAGUUCGCGUGUUUCGCUCCCCCGGCCAGGGCUGAGCUUCCGUCGCUCUCGCUUUCUCCCGCCUCGCUCCCCCUCUCCUGGUCAGAGUCGCCCAGGCCCAUUUCGCUGUGUCCCAUGGACAGGCACAAAGUGAAGCGCCAGAGGCUGGACCGCAUUUGCGAAGGUAUAAGACCUCCUAUUGGUAAUGGUCCAAUGCCAGCCCGUCCAUUGGUUGCCCUCCUUGAUGGCAGGGACUGCACUGUAGAGAUGCCUAUCCUGAAAGAUGUUGCCACAGUAGCUUUCUGUGAUGCACAGUCAACUCAGGAAAUCCACGAAAAGGUUCUAAAUGAAGCUGUUGGGGCUCUGAUGUACCACACCAUUACCUUGUCGCGCCAGGACCUGGAGAAGUUCAAAGCUCUCCGGGUCAUUGUGCGAAUUGGCAGUGGCUAUGACAAUGUGGAUAUCAAGUCAGCUGCAGAAUUAGGCAUUGCAGUGUGCAACAUCCCGUCAUCUUCUGUAGAAGAAACAGCUGAUUCUACCCUCUGCCACAUCUUGAACCUUUAUCGUCGGGUUACAUGGCUUCACCAGGCCAUGCGAGAAGGAAACAGAGCCUCAAGUAUGGAACAAAUCAGAGAGGUGGCUGGUGGUGCUGUACGUAUCCGUGGUGAGACCUUGGGCAUCAUUGGCCUUGGCCGAAUUGGGCAAGCAGUUGCCUUACGUGCAAAACCCUUUGGCUUCAACGUUAUUUUUUAUGACCCCUAUUUGCCUGACGGAGUGGAGCGUUCCUUGGGAUUACAGAGGAUGGCCACCUUGCAAGAUCUCCUAAUGCACAGUGAUUGCAUCACAUUACACUGCAGUCUAAAUGAGCAUAAUCAUCACCUCAUCAAUGACUUCACCAUUAAACAGAUGCGUCAGGGCUGCUUUCUGGUGAAUACAGCUCGGGGAGGUCUGAUUGAAGAGAAGGCUCUAGCUCAAGCCCUAAAGGAAGGGAGGAUCAGAGGGGCUGCUCUUGAUGUCCAUGAGUCAGAACCUUUCAGUUUUGCUAAUGGGCCCCUAAAAGAUGCUCCCAAUGUGAUUUGUACUCCUCACACAGCCUGGUACAGUGAACAGGCUUCUAUUGAGUCGAGAGAGGAUGCGGCUAAGGAGAUCCGAAGAGCCAUCACAGGUCACAUACCUGAUGGUUUGAGGAACUGUGUUAACAAGGAAUACUUGCUUUUAGCGGCUCAGUGGUCUAGCAUUGAUCCUGCAGCUGUACAUCCAGAGCUUAAUGGAGCUACAGCUUACAGGUUUCCUCCUGGAGUAGUGGGAGUAGCAACCUCUGGGCUGCCGGAGCCACCAGUUGAGGGAAUUGUAGCUCACAGCAUUCCCUCUGUGUCUCACUCUGCACCACAUACUCCUUCUCCAGGAGAGUCAAGCAAAUUGGAGCCAGACAGAGAAAUCUCCACUGACCAGUAGCACCUCUCUUGUCUUAUUCAGCCCUUAAAAUGAAACAGGGAAAAGCUCCUGUUUUUAGGACAUAUUGUGACACCCCCUCCUCUCCUGGACUGCUUCCUCAAUGGACAGGAGAAUGCAUUUCAUUGUUGGCAAAUUCUAGCUCUUGCCUUUAAACAGGUAUUUUUAUAAUGGAUUUAGUUUAAAUCUCUUGGUGAAUCUCUUUCCUUACCUGGGGCAAUGAAGUAGUGAUUUUUCAUUAUUUUGGUAAUGCUUAGUUUUAACAUGCAAGUUCAUAUACCCCUGCCUCCAGUAUGUGAUACAGAGGAAAACAGUACCGAACUGAACAGUACCUGGAUGAACACAUGAAUUCCAGUGAUUUCUAUGACUGGUGUGGUUUUUAAGGUGAUUUCUUAGGUUGAAUAUCAGUUAAGUCUCAGGUACAAGUAAUAAAAACACUGUAAUGGGAUAGGGUGGGGGGAAGCUGUGCAUCUGGAUUGCUUGAUAGAAACAAGUGGAGUCCUUGCUCAGUUGUGAGCACUUACUGCUUCAAUCCUUCCUGCAUGCAUUAACUCGAUGUGGUUGUUGAAUGAUUUGUUCCCAGGGGCUCUGGAUAAAUAAUUACAAAGACCAGAGUGGAUGUGGAAUUCUGCCUGGAAUUUGUGCUUAAAAACAUUUACAGAGAAUCAGUUGAAUUGUUUUAAUAGUUAAGAUGCUUGGGGGGUUACAGGAAGGAGGAUGGUUCAAUUGAGAUUUGAGCCCAGCUCAGGGAAUGAGGACUCAGCUCCACAUAGGGAAGUAGGAGGAGUUUCAGAGCUCAAGGCUUCAUGUUACAGGAUGUCUGCCUACUAAUAGUGCAAACUUUGCAACAACAAAAAAGAUGAAAUCCUAGAAUUUAACUUAGGAUCAAAGUCUUUCUGACCUGUCUUUUUAUAGCUUCAAAGGCCAAGCUAGGAUUUUUCCCUUUGACUUUGUCUAGUGUGAAAUGUAUUAGGGAUGUGUGCAUUCAGUCUUCAUAUUUUUUACUCCAACUCUUCCCUGAAUUCCUUGUCCUGCAACAAACACAAACCAACAGAUCUUAUUCUCAAGCCUGCAGCUAGCUAUGCAGAUUCUUCCUGACAGAUGUAGUUGUUCUAUUCUAUGACAGUUUCUAAUAGGUUUUCUAACUUGAGUGUGUUUUAAAUGAGGCAUUUAAACCCUAUAUAGAGGCAGAACUAGGGUAUAAUUUGUUGGGGGGCAGGGGGAGAAUUGCUUAUUCCUUAGCAUAUUGUCUACACAGCAUAUAUUUCAUCAUGAAACAAAAUAUUUAUUAAUGUUCAGAUAUAUUAUUUUUAUGUUGCUUGGACUUUUGAGCAUGAAAAAUUAUGUUUUUAACCAGUCUACCUAAGUAUACAGCUAAGAGAUGAAUUUGGAGAGUGGCAAUUCCUCUUUCCUAGGGAUUGUCUUGGUUUGGUUUGUGGUGGUUUUUUUAACAGAACUACCAGCCAGGCAAUCUGGAAAAAGGUGAAGUAGAUACCCGCCCACUUCAAUCUGCGCUUACAGCUAAAAGUUAAUAAUAGGUUAGCACAUUCCCAAGCUUCAGAUUGUUCUUCAGACUUAAAUGUCAGUGGCUAACUGGCAGGUGCAUAUCCCCUUUAAUAUGAGUGAGAUACUAAUGGAGAAAAACAAAUCUAAUUUUUGUAUUGUCCAGAUUCAGUUUUUUGCUUGAGAUGGCAUAUUCCCUGAUAGUAUGUGUUAUGUUAGAAUGUAAGUUGGAAGUGUUUGAUAUAGUGUAAGCUCUGAUAAUGUGGGAGGCACAGUAGCUUUAUAAUGGCAUGGAUGAUUAUAAUUAUGUGUUUUAAAUUCAGAUACCUCUUGGGAUGCUCAGGUUUUUUAGCAGUAUCUGGGGUGGGGUAAAUUAACACGUUAGUACUACAUGUGUGACACUUAAGUAUAGGGGGCCUUUCAGUGAACCUUCAGAGAACUUUUAUUUAGGGCAAAAGCAACAACUAUAGCUUUUUAUGGAAUCUUUGUACUAAUUUCUAACCAAUUAAAAACUGGAAUUGAGGUCCAAGCAUAAUUUAAUGUUAUCCCCUAAGAAGGUUGAGGUACCAGGAGUGAUGAUGAAAUGGCUUACUCCCUCAUCCUUCUCCUCCUAUAAAUUUUCUUUACUUUCUCUUUCCCAUUCUAAAAAAUUAGAACCGUAACACCAUUAUGCAUGUAGCCAGGGUUGGACAGCUCUGAACCAGGGUAAAGAUGGCAAAAGGAAUGUAUAUUGAAAGGAAUCAUAGGAUGUGAUGCUACAGCUUAUGUAGUUAUGUUUGCAGUGUCCCUUGAAAAACUGCUCUCAAGCUGAGUAACAGCCAGAUUUAAUGGUGUGUAUUGAUGUUCAUGUUCCAUGUAUUGAAGUGGAAAAACUAAUCUACAAAAUAUAAAAGAUGUAUGUAGUUGUUUCCAGUAGGCAUAUUUGAGAUGUUUUGUUGUGACUGAGAAGGCAUAAAAAUGGAGGGUAAGGGAAAUGAAAAUUAGAUUGUAGGAAAUAGUAGCCAUAGAAAAAGCAGAGAACUAUGAAAGAUCUUGAAGCCCUAGAAUGCCAUUUUUUUUUAGUUCUCGAACUUCACUAGUUGAUAAUACAUCAAGUUGUUGGCUACAACCAUAAGAGCAUGAAUAUGCUUUAAAAAUGAAAGCUGGGAUUCUCAGGAUAUUAAGUUUAACUAAAGAUUCUAUACUUGUAUGAUGUCAAGUAUACACACUGCCCUGGAAAUAAGCCUCUGUAUAUUCUUAAUCUGAUAUUGGUGUAUAUUUCACUGGCCUCUUGCAACCCAUAUGAUAUCACUGUGGCUUUAUAGCUGCUGUUUUAAGUUCUAAUGACCCAUAGGUUGAAUGUUCCAGCCACAGGUGUCUACAGCUAGCCACAAUGAUGCCAAAAGGAAGAAAUGUGCAUUAUGACAUCAUGACACAAGCUCCAUGCUUUUGUACUUGCACUUACAUUGCAAUGCACAUUUCAUCACUUGCCUCCCUUUGUCCACCCAUGUAUGCCUAUGAUUCCAGCUGUAGAGACUUGGGAAGUAAAAGCCCCAGAAUCAUAUUGUGUUUCUAGCAGAGUUCAUCGGCAACUGCUUUGUUGCUGACUGUUUCUGUCUUUUG